GUUUUUAGCCCGUUCCUUGGUAAAGAUGGCAGCCAAUAAUGCAGUAUUGAACAGACUGGAGCAAAAGGGUGCAGAGGCGGAUCAAGUCAUUGAAUACCUCAAACAGCAAGUUGCUCUUCUAAAAGAAAAAGCUAUCCUGCAGGCAUCUCUCAGAGAAGAGAAGAAGCUUCGUGUAGAAAAUGCUAAACUGAAGAAAGAAAUUGAGGGACUGAAACAGGAGCUGAUUCAGGCAGAAAUUCAGAAUGGAGUGAAACAUAUCCCAGUUCCAUCCAGUGGAACCAUUUCUACAGCUUCAUUUUCAGAAGACUUGCCACAGCCUAUACCUGUCACAUCCUAUCCUUCUGGUCCCAAAGACCAAAUUAAAGGUGGCAGUGAAGAAAAGAAAAAAAAGGAGAAAGCAGAAAAAAAAGGAGAGAAGAGGGAGAAGAAGCAGCAGCCACCAGCAGCUGGGAGUGAUGACUCUAGACCUAUGGAUGUUUCUCGUCUGGACCUUCGUGUCGGUUGUGUCAUCACUGCAAAAAAUCACCCUGAUGCGGAUUCUCUAUAUGUCGAGGAGGUGGAUGUUGGAGAAACAAACCCAAGAACUGUUGUUAGUGGUUUAGUAAAGCAUGUGCCUCUUGAACAGAUGCAGAACCAGAUGGUAGUAUUGCUCUGUAACCUGAAGCCUGCAAAGAUGAGGGGAGUGGUAUCUCAGGCAAUGGUGAUGUGUGCCAGCUCACCAGAGAAGGUGGAGAUCCUUGCUCCCCCCAGUGGGGCUGUUCCUGGAGAAAGAAUCACCUUUGAAGGUUUUCCUGUAUUGAUCAACUGCACCCAAAUCUGCUGUUCAAGUGUUUUGUGUUUGAAGGGUGAAGAAUUUCUAAAGAAAAUGGUUACAUGGCAGUCUCAAAAUAUAAACAGAGCUAGUCAUUACAAAUAUAUCAUGAGAGAUGCACACAUACUUACCAUGAAAAAUAGUUCAUAACCUUAAACCAGAUUAACUCAUUAGUAAAUGCCAAAACUGGAAAAAAAAAAAAAAAAAAUUGCCAGAUAUGAGCCACUUUUUAUUUGAAACCAAGGAAAUCCCUGAGAUGAAACAUCUUAAGUCGCAUUCUUUUUUUCAGAUCUUGGAUUCCUUUUGCUUUGACGUUUUCCCAGUGUGGUUUAGCUGGCACUCUGCUGAUUCAUUCUGUUGGAAAAUAUGCUAUUUAAUUAUGUCAAUCUAUUUAACAGGCAGACUUGAAGAGUGGAAAACACUGAAAUUAUCUGCCUUGAAAAAAAGUUGUGAGAAACACAUUGUUGUGAAUAGAAAACAUAUAUGUUUUCUUUAUUACUCAUUGUUUCCAAAAAAUGUUCAAACUCCCUUAUGCUAUCAGUUCUAUUGGACAUGUAGUGGGUAGCACAAGCUGCAGAAUAAGCUUUGCUAGUGGGAAAAUUCUAGUGACAGGAUCAUGAGGGUCAGCCUUGACUUGCUCUUUCUCAUAAGCAUAUUUUAUGCUGAGUCCAAACCCAAAAAUCUGGUGUUCAUGCAUAUUGGUAUUCUAUUGACAUAGUCUCUUUCUGGAAAGCUGUAUUAUAAAUUAAAUGUGGUGUGAUAGUUCUAAACCUCGGGCCUGUAGCCUGUUAUAGAAGGCUUUGUAUGUUUUACAACAGCUUCCUUCUGAUAGGAAGCCAGGUGUCUACAAAAGUAGUAAGGGUUCGGGAGGCGGAAAGUUGGAAGAACCUUGCCAAACCAGUUGUAAAUGGUGCCCCUUCAUUGGCCUUACAUUCUGCAACAAUUUUUUUGUCCUUCACUAUCAUCAACAUGUGUUUGGUAAAAGAAUAACAGAUUGAACCAAAAUACAAAAGUAAAAAUUUCUGGGGCACACGGAACUAUGAUUCAUGUGACACUUUUUCCCCAUUCCUAAUCCACCCAAGUAAAUGUUUUCCAUCCCCAAUGUUAAAUUAUAGAAAUACUGGUUCACAUAGUAUAAUCAGAAUUGUAAUUGGAAAUACAUUGGAUGUUAUGGCUGGUAAUUUCUUUCACUAUGGGCUACCUUGGAGCCUAUCUCUAACUUUCAAAGAGAUUUUAAAAUUAUAUACUUCUAAACUGCUCCUCCUACAGAUUAACCUUAGUGAGAAUGCGAUCCUACCAAUGUCCUUUGUGAGCUGUGUGUUAGACUGUUAGCUAUCUCUUAAGAACAGUGAUCAAAACAGUAAACAUUUAACCUGGAACUGUCCCACAUUGUGUCUUCUUGCUAAAGCUACUAAAGUAGUGAUUUUAAAUCAGAUGGGUGAAGAGUGUCUCCCUUGGGUUCACUCCUGCAUUAUCUUUAUUACCCAUUGUUUCCAAAAAAUUCAAAUUCCCGUAUGCUUGUGUUAAUCCUGCUGACAGCUUUGAGGGGUCAGCCUUGACUUGCUCUUUAUCAUGUCAUAUUUUAUGUUGAGUCCAAACUCAUGAAUCAAAAAUAAUUUAUCAGAACUGACAUUUGAAAAUGAUCACAGAGCUAUGGAGCUCUGUUACAUUGCAUCCUGUCUGUUCAUGCACACCAAGCCACCUGCCUAAUGGGGCAUUUCUGUAGCAAAACAGAAUUACUUUUAGGGAAAGUUUCGAUCCAUCAUUAAAUUUCCAAAAGUCUUUUCAUAGUGAGAAUCAGCUAUGUCCGCUUUUGUUAUAAAAUUGUUCCCAGGUGUUGGUGCAUAUUGAUAUUCUGUUGACCUAUUCUGUUUCACAAAAGCUAUAUUAUAAAUUAAAUAUCAUAUGAAAGUUGCACUUUAGAGCUAAACCUGUGGCCUACAGUCUAUGAUAGAGCGUUUGUUAUGCUUUACAACCGAUUCCUUCUGAUAUGAAGCCAGAGACAUCUGGGAGAUUUGAUGCUGCCAAAUGAAGAUUUUUACAACAAUAUUUUCUUUAAAUUGACUUCUGGAGAUAUACAUUUUAGCUACAAAACAUGGCAACUAUUCCCUAAAGCACCAAUGGAAAAAAUAAAUUUUUUCAGAAAAACUGGUAGCUACAAGACAAGCCAAUAACUGUUUUUGAGGAUACACCAUCAUUCUUAACAGCACAAAAUAGACAUUCUAGAAUAGAACCAAUCAUUACAUAUGAAACCAUACAAAACAUGGAUCAAUAAAUAUGAGGAAAGGCUAGAGCAAGCCAACUUGAUGUAAAAGAUAUUCUUUUGCUAGUUGUGAAGGAAACACUUCUAUGUGACUGUCAGUCAGUUUUUGGCACGAAUUAAGAGUAUUUAUAAAUCGCAAUAAGGUAAUUGGUAUAAAGCAGCACAUAAGAUGGAAGGAAUCAUGCAUUCAUACAGUAUAUAGACUAAAAUUUUGAAGGAUAUUAUCAAUGUUUAUUUUUAAGCUUUUUUCUUUUUUUAUCGAUUUUAAAUUUUCAGUUUUUCAAAAUUGUGUGUUAAGCUUUCAGAUUUUGUCCAUAUAAAUUUUCACAGUUGUUGGAGAUUGAGGGAUCAGACAGUAAGGGGAGUCAGACAGUAAUUAUUUAAUGACAGUAUAUGUUAAGAUUUAAAAAGUUUAAGCUUCAUAACCAUUAAAACACAAAUUGUCAACAUAUCACAUGUCAAUAAAGUCUGUGUCCUCAAAUUAAACUCAAGUACUCAAGCAGCAUUUUUCUUGUUUUGCCUCCCUAUAAAUUUCAAACAUCAUCAAUGGAAAUAUUUUUCCUCAGUUUGUGUGUACUGUGAAAUUGACAUUUACCAUUUAAAAAGUCUAAUCCUUCCAAGCCCAAAUGUAAAUAAUAUAUAGCGUGGAAGGUUCGUUCUGUUUAAGAGUAAAUAACUUGUAAGACUUCACAUAAAAUUUAAAUGCAAAACAAAUGUAAUUUAGUACAUUUCACUAGGUUCAUUUUUAGGGAUAAGGAAGUAGGACAGGGGAGAGAGUGCUGAUUUAAUCACAGUAAAAAAAAAAAAAAAAAUUAAAAAAAAACCUGUGAAAAAUACACACAGACAGGCAUGUGCAUUAUCCCCAGCCUUCUGCAGGGCACUGAUUCUGCCUGCCAUGAUGGAAGCUUUGUUCUGAAUCAUUAGGUCAAUAAGAUUCAGUGAGGGCAAGUCUACACUACAAAAUUAAGUUGACCUAAGUUUUAUGUCAACAUACAGCCACCACAGUAAUUAAAUUGCUUUUGCAGGUCUGCACUACGCUCCUUGUGUUGACAGUAUGCAUCCUCAUCAAGAGCACUUGCACUGAUUUAACUGUCAGUGUGGGGCAAAGUGGGAUGGCUUCUGAAAGGCAGCAACAAUCUAUGUAAGCAGUGCAGUAUCUAUACUGACGCUGCGUCGGCCUAACUACAUCCUCCUAAGCACUACGCCUCUUGCAGAGGUAGAGUUAUUAAGUCGGUGUAGUGGGUGAGUUACAUAGGUGGGAGCUAUGUUUUAGUGUAGAUGUUAGAGUUAGGUUGACCUACGCUGCCUGAGACGUAAGCUGCCUGAGAGCCUGACAUUAUCAUACCAGCUUUUCUCCCGAUUGUCUUUAGCCACCAAAGUUUUAAUUUGCCAGAACACUGAUGACUGUUGAACAGUCUUAUCAGAGUUGUUUCCAAUGGCCCAUUGACUGAGGCACUGUCCUAACUUUUGGGUCACGUUGUUAGCAGUGGCUAAACAAAUUACCAGAUGUUGGAGGCUAAUUAUUCAGUCUGUCAUGUAUUUGUGCACACAGUUUUGACUGCCUCUUUUGUACUAAAAAAUUCAAUCAGGUUUAACCAUUGCUAGAUUUUCAUUUCUCAGGGAGUGAAGGGCUGGUCCUUUGAGUCUUCUGAUCCAGUGGCUCUCAAUCUUUCCAGACUAUUGUACCCAUUACAGGAGUCCGAUAUGUCUUGCGUAUCCCGAGUUUCACUUCACUUAAAAACUACUUGCUUACAAAAUCAGGCAUAAAAAUACAAGUGUCACAGCACGUUAUUACUGAAAAAUUGCAUACUUUCUCAUGUUUACCAUAUAAUUAUAAAAUAAAUCAACUGGAAUAUAAAUAUUGUACUUACAUUUCAGUGCAUUGUAUACAUAGUCAUUGUAUGAAAUUUUAGUUUAUACUGACUUCGCUAGUGCUUUUUAUGUAGCCUGUUAUAAAACUAGGCAAAUAUCUAGAUGAGUUGAUGUACCCCCUGGAAGACCUCUGUGUAUCCCUAGGAUACCACUGCUCUGGUCGUUAGAAGAUUGCAUAAGGAUAACCAAACACAAUGAAAGCAAUGUUCAAUCAUUCUAAAUGAGUGCUGGGGAUUAUUCAGCGGUUGGUUGCUUUGUCUUUUAUCAAUGUGAUAGUUGCUUCUACGUGUGUGGCUGUUUCAGACACAAUUAAUUCCUGAUGGAUUUUACUACUUUUAAGAAGGUUCCCUAACCCAGUGUCAUCUUGCAUCAUUGAUAAAAUCAGCACUCAAUUCUUUGCUGUUUUAAAUUCAUGGUCUAAUGGCAAUAAUUAACAGCUGUUCAAAACUGUAAUUUUCACAUAAUGUAUGUUCUGAACCUAAAUUUUAAAGACUGUCAUUAAAACCUAAAAUGUGAAUGUUGCCAAUUAUUAGUUAUUCGGAUUUAAAAAAAAAGACCCAAAUUGAUAUAAUUUAUCUCCUUAUGUAUGUCCAAGCAAUUAAGUGAUUUUGCAGCUUUUCUGGUACCCUUUUGCAAACCUCAACUGUUUUUAAAAUGAAAUAUCUUGAUUUUGGAAAGAAAUUUAUGUUGAGAUAUUCAAAAGCUGAAUCGGAGGUUUAAACUCAUUUUCCAUUAAAAUUAAUGGGAGAUGUGUGCCUAAAUCUCCUACUUAGCUUUUGUAUACCAAAAUCUCAAGGUUGUCUUAGCCACUGUUUUCUUAAAAGCAAAGCUAACCAAGCAGUUCAACAAUAGCAGUACCAGGAACAUGGAACUCACAUUAUUUAUUUCAAAUUCAGUUUAAUUUCCAAGACUAGUUAUAAUAAUUUUAAACACUGAUAGAUUUUAAGUGAGUAGUUUAAACCAUGAACAUUCAGUUUGAGACACUGAAAUUAAAAUAGAAAGGACAGCUGGGUGUGAUUUUAAGUUGAAGACUGAAAGCUUAUGUAGCACCAGCGGCAACAACAAAAAAACAACCCCAAAGCAGAUCCAGCUGUCCCAAGUCAAGCAGAGUGGACUUGUGUUUAAAAAUAACAGACUGAUACUGUAUAUGGUGAAGGGGAAUUUUUUGGGGGGGCACUGGGUAACUUUCCAUGUUCAUUUUAGUUGUCAUGAACAUUAGCCGUUUCUGAUUUAAUAAUGUUUACAAUUUACAAUUUUUUUUCCCCUGCAGAAACUGGAGAAUUUUCUCAAAUUCCCCUCUUUCUGUAUUUGUAGAGAAUAUCUUGCUAAGGAACAUUGGGCUAUGCAGUCCCUAUUAAUAACUGUAAUUAAAUUUUACUUUACAAAAAUGAGUAAGUAGUCUUACACCUUUCAUACCCAAAACCACAAGAAAUUGCAACUUUGAAAGGGUCUUUUUCAUAUUAAGAACUUCAUAAAGUUUCUAUUCUACUUUAGUGAAAUCACCUGCUUGAUGAAGGUCAUAUCAAAUGAUUCCACACACAUACAGACACUCCCUUCUCCUCCACCCCACUUCACACACACAGCCAUUUUUAAUAGUUACAAAAUUUGCAGUAAAAUCCUCCCUUCUCUGUAACAGUACAAUAGAAGCUUUUAAAAGAAAAAUAGGGUGGAGAAAUGCUGCAGCAACCACAAAUUUGUCACUUGAGGUUUAUGGUUCAAAUGCUAAUUUUGGUCUAAAAUGGUUGAUGUUUCAAUUGAUGAUGGUUCACCAGUUACAAGAGAAAUUCAGAUUAUUCUAAACCUGCUGUGCAGUGGAUAGUCUGUUUAAACAACUUCCUUUAUUCAAAACGUUGGUGUAUGGAUGCUUUCCAAUUUUUGCUCAGUUACCUCUUCUAGUGAUAAGAAACUAACACCAUUGUUGUAAGCUCUAUCUUCAGUCCUAGAUUUUUUCCCCAGUGGUAAAUUAAUCUAUAUUUCUGUUAAAUUGCUUUGAAGUACUGGAUCAUACUUUCCUUACCUUCUUUGCACCUAGGUGCUGUGAUGAUGGCAGCAUUAUAAAACCCUAAGAUAGAGUCUAAUGCAAAUCACUGAGCUAUGAUGGGAUGGAAAGAUCUCUCUACCACAAUUACGGUGCAUGGCUAACUGGCUUCUCUCUUGUGGUAGUGUUGUCUAGUAGAUAGAAUACUCAACUGGCAAUCAUAAGUCCUGGAUUCUGUUCCCGGCUCUGCCACUCACUGCUGGGUGAUCUUGGGCAAGUUGCAUUAAUUUUCUCUGCCUCAGUUUCCCUAUCUCUAAACUGGGGAUAAUGAUACAGACUGCUUUGUAAAGACCACUCGGUGGCAUUAUUAUUUUUAUCUUAAGUUUUUAAUACUUUGAUAGCACUUGUACAGUUUGAUACAUUUCAUUUGGUUCUUUGGCAGAUUCAGCAUGUUUCACAUCCAUGAGAAGAGGGUGGGAAAAUCAUUGUGGCCAUAAUUUUACUCCAAUUUAUUUUUAGAUAUCCUUUCAAAGGAUUAUUUGUCUUAUGAGAGAAAGGGAUGCAAAGCGGCAGGGUACAGGAGAGGCUCUGGUAGUGUUUAAAAGUGGUGCCUGUGCUAAUCUAAUACAAGCUCACCACAGAUCCCAGGAGAACUCAACUUGGGAUUCCAAAGACACUCUUAAUAAGAUCCAGAAAGUGUUUGUGUAAUAAAAGUCAGAUUUAAGUUUAUCCUUGAAAAAUUCAUUUGCUUUUUGUAAUAUUGGGGCGGGGUGAACAAGGCAGAUUUCACCUUCUGAACAGUACAAUUGUCUAGCAGCUAUUCUGCUUAAUAACUUUAUUAGUUGGUAUGUAUCCAUUUUGGUAUAAAGGAAUGACUUUUUGUGAAUUUUAGUACAGGACAGUGUUCUAGAUUUUUUUUUUAAAGCAUACAUUUAGUUCUGCAUGUGUUAAGACAUUGACAUAAUUAAGUGCUCCAUUUGUGAGAAAUAAUUUCUGACUAAUGCAUUGAAUCUUGGCGCUGUCACAGGCCAACCUAUUCAACAGAGAAGUUGGCCUGCAGUGGAAGCCCAUUU